AUGGCUGGCGACAGAGAACCUAUUUGUCUGAUGUAUCUCACUGGGCAACACGAUGUGAUACCCAGCGAUGAGAGCCUGGUCAACCCAAUCACCCAUGUUGCCCUUGCCUUCAUGCGGUCGGGCUUGUUCCUGGACUCGAACCGCAGCGAGUGGCCCAGUGAUCGAAGCGUUGACUCGGCACGCCAGGCUUUCGCAACGGGGACCAAGAUCUUGGUGGCCAUCGGUGGCUGGGGCGAUACGGACUUCUCCAUUGCAGCUCGGGAUGAAACGUCACGAAAGUCGUUCGCCGGGAACGUGGCCAGGAUGGUGGAAGCCACCGGUGCUGACGGCGUCGACAUUGAUUGGGAGUACCCCGGCGGAAACGGCGAGGACUACAAGCAGGUUCCAAACUCGGAGAAAGAGUGGGAAAUCGAGGCUUACCCGCUCCUUCUCGGCGAACUUCGCUCCGCGUUGGGCCCCUCCAAGUUGAUCACAGCUGCAGUUCCCGGCAUCGAGCGAGACAUGAUUGCCUUCCGCCGCAAUGUCGUACACAUUGAACCACACCUGGACUUCCUGAAUGUCAUGACCUAUGAUCUGAUGAACCGCCGGGACGACAUCACGAAGCACCAUUCAAGCAUUGGAGGCAGUCGCAACACUAUCAUGAGAUACAUCGCUGACGGCGUACCGCGCGAGAAGAUCAAUUUCGGGCUUGGCUUCUACGUCAAGUGGUUCAAGGUCGAUAAGGAGGACUGUGACAACGCCAAGACACCCAUCGGCUGCAAGACCUUGCUCCUGGAGGACCCCGUCACCGGCGGGGACCUGGGCCGAGCGGGUGCCUUCUCCUGGCAUGACGAGGUUCCCGAGGACAUGAGGAAUUCUUUUCAGAAGGCGCUUUUACAUCGCGAGUACGAUGAUAACGAAGGAGCAACAUGCUACUACGACUCGGAGGAGGCCCUCUGGUGGACGUUUGACGACCCCCACAGCAUCACGAAGAAGGUUGAGCAGUUGACCAAGGAGCUGAAAUCGCUGAUUGGAGCGGUGGGGAAAGACGCUGGGGCUGAGAGAGACGAGUUGUAG